CUUGCAUUUAACAAAACAGUCUUUUGAUAACAAUGGUUGACAAUGGAAUAGAUGAUGAAAUUGUUGAAUCCCUCAACAAAGUUUUAGGGAUUGUGGUAAACGCGCGAAAAGCGGUCGGUGCCAUAGACAAAAUGGAUUUGCCCGUCGAGCUCAACAAUAGUCCGCUUUCCAUGCUCGAUUCGAUUGGAGAGAUGAUCCAUCAGUACACAACAAAGCUCUCAAUUGCUGCUAGACCGCCAAUCACCAAGGAUGCCUUGGAAAAGUACUCAAGUGAUAUGUCCAACAUGGUAUCGCCUUUAAUUGCGACCUUGCAAGUUUAUUCCAAAGAAAAAUACGGAAAGAUUGUUCAUGAGCGUUUAAAAAUACAUGUGGAGCGGAUUUUAUUGGGAAUAGAAUGCUUAUUACGGAGUGUUUCACCAAAACCUUUAGCGCAUGUUACAGAAGCUUGGAAAACACGAGGACGUUUAAUUACAACUGGAAUGCUGUGGGAAUCUUGCGAAAAGCUUCAGAAACUGGGAAGAGAAGGUGCCUUGGGCUAUGUACUCGAAGAAUGGGAAAAUAUUGUAUCGAUGUUGGAUGACGCCGUGAGUGACAUGGAAGCCUGGAAAGAAGGUGAGAGCUCUAAUUGGGACAGUUUUGGUAGCGAAUCAGAAGAAGAGGAAGAGAAGGAGGAGGAAAAAGGGAACGCAACCAUUGAAUCUCGGACUCAAGAACAGGCUGAAUUCGCAAAGCGAUUAUUACAGCAGUUAAAUGCUUGUAAAAUUUUAUUCCUUUCUAUCAAAAAGCAUAGAUUACCGAAAACGGCUUCUUAUUCCUACUUGGACGGUUUGUACGAAAACAUGAAGCGCACUUCGGAAGCAAUAGACGAAGUGGUCGGACAAGUUCAAGAAGACUCUGACAAUAUUGAAGAUGAAUUAGAUUUGUUUGCUUGCUCUGCUAAAGAACUUGCUCAGACUUGUAUUUCUGAAUUUGAUUCAGAUUCUUUUACACCAUGGUAUAUUAAAUGGUUGGAAAAUUGGGACCAGUCUUGGAAAUAGAGUGUAUUAUAUUUUAUAAAUAUUUUUUGGUUAUUUAAUUGAUUUAGUUACAAG